GCGUGGUUCUCCGCUCCGAAAGGGGCUCGGGUGCGGGCGGCUGCAGAUUUGCGUUCUGCACCUGUAAUGACCCUGGAAAGCACUGAAGGCUGCGGGACCGGGGUGCCUGGGCGAGCUGGGGAAGCUGUGUGGGGCCGGUUCGCAGCUUUCCACAUGGCGAAUGGAGGAGGAGGUGCGGCACACUUCGGGUGAGCAGCGUGCUGCCCGGAGAAAGCGGCACCGGAGCGCUGCGAUGGCAUUUAUCGAGAGGAUAGUAAAGUUUUGAACGGUGCCUCCUCAAGAAGUGUGAUGAGAAAUGGCUUUAGGAAACAACACCCAGAGAAGUUACUCCAUCAUCCCCUGCUUCAUCUUUGUUGAGCUUGUCAUCAUGGCUGGGACUGUUCUGCUUGCCUACUACUUCGAGUGCACCGAUACUUUUCAGGUGCAUAUCCAAGGUUUCUUCUGUCAGGAUGGCAAUUUGAUGAAACCAUACCCUGGAACAGAGGAUGAGAGCUUCAUUUCACCUCUGGUGCUCUACUGUGUGCUGGCUUCGACUCCGACAGCUAUUAUUUUUAUUGGUGAGAUAUCCAUGUAUUUCAUAAAGUCAACCAGAGAAACCCUAAUCAUUCAAGAGAAGACUAUUUUGACUGGAGAGUGCUGUUACCUGAACCCACUGCUUCGAAGAAUCAUACGUUUUAUAGGAGUGUUUGCAUUUGGACUUUUUGCCACUGACAUAUUUGUAAAUGCUGGCCAGGUUGUGACUGGGAACUUGGCUCCAUACUUCCUGACUGUGUGUAAACCCAACUACACUGGAAACGACUGUCGGACCCACCACCAGUUCAUCAACAAUGGCAACAUCUGCACUGGGGAUGUGGAGGUGAUUGAAAAAGCGAGGAGAUCCUUUCCAUCCAAACAUGCUGCUUUAAGCAUCUACUCAGCUUUAUAUGCCACAAUGUACAUCACGAGCACAAUUAAAACAAAGAGCAGCAGGCUAGCCAAACCUGUGCUGUGCCUGGGCACCCUGUGUGCUGCAUUCCUCACUGGGCUGAAUCGAGUUUCUGAGUAUCGAAACCAUUGUUCAGACGUGAUCGCAGGCUUCAUCCUGGGAAGUGCAGUCGCCUUGUUUCUGGGGAUAUGUGUUGUCCAUAACUUUAAAGGCACCCAUGGAGCUCCUUCUAAACCGAAGCCUGAAGACCCACGAGGAAUGCCACUAAUGGCUUUUCCAAGAGUGGAAAGUCCGCUGGAGACACUGAGUGCACAGAAUCACUCUGCCUCUAUGACUGAAGUGACCUGAGAUGGAAGAUUGGCAACAGAAGCUAUUUUUUAUUACCCUCCAGUACAGUACUUCAAGACACACAGUUACUAAGUGUCAGACUGUGAUGAUCAGUAUUAUGUUAUGUCUAGUUAGAGGCUAAUGUUUUGUACAUUUUUUGUAUGAGGAAGUGAUGUAGCUUGCCCUGAUUUUUUUGUCAGCUUUAAUAUUAUUAUGCCAGAAUUUAAAAUCAAAAUAGAAAAAGAAACAAAAAAAAAAAAAAAACCUGAAACCUUUUCUUGUUUAAAGUGUGCACUGAGGAACUACAUCUAUGGAAUUGUUGGUGUUGUUAUGUGAUAUUUGUACACAGAUUUUUUUCCUUUUUGAAUUAAUAUAUCUUGAGAAAAAAUUCACUUUUACCUUUUCUUACCAUAACAAAGUGCUUCAACCGGCGGGUCAGAUUCUGAUCUUGGUAAGCUCUGGAGUAAUUACGUAUAUUUAAUUCAGAUGAAAAUAACGGUUAUCAGAAAUCUAACCCAAACCAACAAGUAGUAAACAUCCAGCCUUGAUUCAGUGAGCUACUUAAGCAAGCCUUAGCAUCAUGGACUUCAGCUAGCCAUGCAGCUUCCAGACUGCUUGGCAGACCUGACGUAUCCUUAAGCAUCUGACUGAAUCAGAGCCUGGUUGUUCUGGUGUGAGUGAUUGUGCUAGUUAUUGAAGAAUAACUAAAAUGGCAUAGCCAGUCUGCAAUAUAGACAGACUGGACAUGAAAAUUUAUAGUAGUAGCUGAUAGCAUGUGAGCUGACUAUAUCAUGUCCCUAGAUCUCUGUUCCUUCCCGAGGCCCAGCCAAAGCUCCCAGUGGAACCUGGCUUCAGGAAUUGACUAUGGGGAUAUACAGCCAUCACUGUGGAGCAGAGGCUGUGCUUUAAGUGUGUCAUAUCUUCAUCAUAGAUUUAUGAGGUAACUAGUAACACUAGUGCAAGGGAAAAGUGAUGCCACAUCUUCUGUGAAGUGGCAUUACUGAGCAUUCAGAUUGGCCUCACCAUGGAGCCAGUUGUGCCCUGACGGUGUCGUUUUCACUGAGGGGCUUUGGUGAGUUAAAAAAAAUUUUUUAAAAAACACCUAAACUGACACAGUCUGUAGUAGCAGUCUGCAUUUUUGUAAAUACUGCCAUGCAGAAUUUAUAUCCGUACUGCUAUUUCAAAAUUCAGCAACACUCUUUAAGGAAUAAAAAGAUACUUGGGGGGUGGGGAGGCAGAGGGGAACAAAAAGAACGCAUAUACCAUGGUUAGAGCUGGGGCAAAGGCUUCAUUACAUGACUUCUCACUGUUUCUAGGCUUUUCCUGCAUCUCAUUCUUCUAGCAUGGUGAUAACUGCUGUGUGUCUCCUUUAAAGAAUGGAGCCUCUGUCUGUACUUUUACUGGAACGUUUACCUCACGUUUCCAUUUUGGUUCUUCUUGGCUUUUUUUGUAUAUUUUUUUCCAAAACAGAUGCAAAAAAAAAAAUCAAAAAAAAUGUGUAGUGUGGUCUCUGUCUCUUCUGCAUGAUAUUGCACAAAGAAAAUAUGGGAUGUCUGUGUCUUGUUACGCAGUAAUUUAUCCAUGUAGAUAUUUUCUUGUGGCUCUUCUGCUGUCUGCUGUCUGGGUCAGUCUUAGGAAUGUAAAGAUUAGACUUGUGCCAUACAGAACCAUGAGGAAUCACCAGCAGUGUUAUGGAGCCCUCACCACAACUUAGAUCCAAAUUCCCCUGAAAGUGAGGGAAAACUGCUGAAUAAACUUGGCUUGUUCUGCUGCCUUAGGAAGAUAAUGGCAUUAGGGAAGCUCAUUAGCAAAGAAUACUCCAUUUGAUAUGCCCACACAGCAGCACCUCAUCAUGCUCCAAGGGGCUAGCAGUGGAAAUGAAUCCUAAAAUAUACUCAGUUAUAUUUUGUAUCUUGUUUUUUGCAGAUGUGAUCCAUGGGUUUGUUUUGUUCUUGUUGUUGUUGUUCAGAGGCACAACCUUCUCAGUGUGCCAUUUACAGCUUCUGUACAGGGACCUAACAGUGGCUUCUGCAGUCCCUUGUAAAGAUGUGUUACCUAAAAUAAAUACAUUGCAAUGCUGUGCUUUUCAUCAGUGUUGCAUCACCUUAAGGUGGACGUACAGUUCUCGUACUACAUGAAGUUUAAUGCAAUUCAGGUAUGAACCUGGCCUAUGUAAUGCAACUGGCAGAAGUACCUGAGCUGCCUGCUGGGGCAGUGACCCUGCUGGAAGGCUGUGACCUCUCUCUAUCCCCUGCCAGGACCCUAGUUGUACCCAGGACUCUUCUUGUUCCUCCUGGCUCCUUCUAGUAUGUGAAUUGUGCUUCUUGGCUGCAAAAAAGCUCUGGAAUGCAACUCAAUGUGAGGAAAACCAUCUGCACCUGCUUUGACAGUGUACCUGCAUGAAGGGAAAAUUGGCACAUUUCACCAGGAUAAAAAUUAAUAUAAUAUUCAUCCUCCCCAAAACUUGAACGAGCAUGUUCUACAAAACUGCUUUCAUUGAAAAGCCUCAGGUGUCAGUCAGUAUCUCAAGCUUAAUUUCAGAUGGAUCCAAACAAGUGCUUGGUUUGCAGUCUUGAGCCUCUAGGUAAGCAAAGCAUCAUUAUUUCUUCCAGGCUUACAAAACUCCAAGGCUCAGGACACAU